GAUAGUCUAUUGUUCUUCUGUGGCAAAAAGAAAACACUCCGUUGCUGUGACUGUGACAAAAUAAAUUCAACAAAUUGCAAAUUUAAUACUUUUUUAUAAAGGCUGUUUAUAAAUGAUUUGUUAUUAAAAGAAUGCAUUUCAAGAACAUUUGACCGAUUGAAAAGAAAAUCACUAGUGUUUUGUUAUGGAACAAAAGUGUAUUGAAAGACACCUGGAGUGUAUUGAAAGACACCUAAAAUAUAAUUUUAUAAUUCAUUAUUGAACAAUCUUAAGUCACCACAAAGAUUUUACCUGACUGGCUGCCAAAGCAACCCAAUGGCAGCGAUGGAGACUGUGGUAGCCGUAGCGAUAGGUAUUCUAGCAACAGUGUUCUUGGCCUCCCUGGUAGGCCUCAUUCUGGUCUGCAGACACAAGUUCUGCAGGAGGACAGAUCUGCUGGGACAGCAAAUGAGGGACACCAGACCGGAUGUACAGCUGAUAGAUAGUGACCUGAAGUCCAUGAGUGAAGGAGACGUUGAGCUUGGUGAUGUGGAGAUCUCAAACCCUCGCCUUGAACAGCUGAUCAGGGAUACACACUGGGUGGAUGAUGUCAGUGGUCUCAUCCCCCACUGUAUCGCCAUCCUGAAGACAUGUCACCUGCUGACCGAGCGGCUGGUUGGCAUGACGAUGGGGUCUGCCGAGAUCUACACGCAGGAGAUGCUCACGGACAUCAUCACGAUCGCUAAGAGGAUCAAUCCCCGCGUGGACGACGUCGUGCAGUGUAUGUACCCGCCUCUGGAUCCCAGGCUACUAGAGGCGAGAUGCACGGCGUUAGUUCUGUCUGUCAGCCAUCUGGUCCUGGUAACCAAGAACGCAUGUAAGUCUACACAGAACAUGGACUGGAUUGAUCAGGCCCUGGCAGAUGUGGAGGACCACUUAAAGGGAUCUUUUCACGUACUCCAGGAAGCCAGUUUCAGUCUUGCCCCUGACUGUAGAUCUCCCUCCAGCUCUGUGGCAUCAGGUGACAGCCAGCAGCCAAUCAUGAAUGGCCAUGUGCAACAUAUCAGCUAA